AUGUCCUUCCAGGAGCAGAGCAUAGGAGCGCAGGUGGACUCUGCAGACGGGGAAGGGGCCGGAGGCCAGGGCAGCGCCGAAGACCCAACCCACGGCGCCCUGGAGCCCGGCCCGAGCCUCACCUCCCUCAGCUUGGCCAAUGCAGAUCCAAAAGUCAAGAACCAAGAACCACAGACAUUUACCUUUUACGACCGGGACCAUAAAGUAUUGGUGCUGGUUUCUGAGACACUCAUAGCAGUUCACAAAAAACCCUCCACACGCCCAGAGAUUGUCUACGUCUUAGCCUCUCCCAUGAGCUCAGCGGGUGACAAGGGAAACCCCGUUUUCCUGGCUGUGUCAAAAGGAGAGCUCUGUCUUUGCUGUGAGAUGGACAAGAAGAAAGGCCGACCGGCCCUCCAGCUGAAGAAGAAGAAGCUCGCUUGGCUGUCUAACUCAGCCACAGAAGAUUUGAAGGGCUUCACCUUCUACAGGAGGAAAAGGGGCUGCCGGAACACACUGGAGUCUGCGGCCCACAAGGGCUGGUUCAUCAGCACCGGCCAUGAGAAUGAACCUGUCAGAAUGACAGACAAGCUUGGGAGAGAGGAGCUCACCGACUUUGCAUUUAUAGCAGUCAGCAAAGCUCCAACAAGCCCCAAUGAGGUCAGCGAGUAG